AUGGAGUUCAUUCUCUAUUACUAUACGCCCUCGGCAGCAGCAGCAGGCAUCUUUGUCGUCCUGUUCGGCAUCAGCACCAUCCUGCACUUCUACCAGCUGGUGCGGACCCGAUCAUGGUUCAUGAUUCCCUUUUUCAUUGGAGGCAUCUUGGAAACCAUCGGAUAUGUUGGCCGUUUGCUCUCGGCGAUGCAAAGCCCCAACUACAGCACGGGCGCAUAUGCCAUGCAGAGCUCUCUGAUCCUCAUCGCCCCCGCCUUCCUCGCCGCUAGCAUCUACAUGACCCUCGGUCGCAUCAUCUCGAUGCUCAAGGCUGAACCAUACUCGGUGAUCCGGUUGAGGUGGCUGACAAAGAUCUUUGUGACUGGGGAUGUCUUGUCAUUCCUGAUGCAGGCAUCUGGCGCUGGUCUCAUGGUCACUAGUUCGAGUGAUCCCACGACCGGCGAGCACAUCAUCAUUGGCGGUCUCUUUGUUCAAAUCAUCUUCUUCGGCUUCUUUAUCAUCACUGCUGUCCUUUUCCAGAUUCGCCUAGGAAAAAGCCCGACCGGGGCGUCCGUGGAACUCUCGCAGGUGUGGCGUCGACACAUGACUGCUCUGUACGUCUCCAGCAUCCUCAUCUUCAUCCGGUCUGUCGUGCGUGUGGUGGAAUAUCUGCAAGGAUACAGUGGGUAUCUGAUGAAGCAUGAAAUCUUCAUCUAUGUGUUCGAUGCGUUGUUGAUGUUUGCGGCGAUGGGGGUGCUCCAGCUCAUCCACCCCAGUCAGAUCAACUGCUACCUAGGACGGGGGACCCGGUACUCGGACCAGGUGGUCAAGACGUGCAAAUUUGUCCCAGUGCCGAUGGACAUACAGGUGCCAUUGGAUGCUUAGCAGCCUACUCAGUUCGGUUAGCUAAUUAUGAAUGAUACGGAGUCUUGCGUUCGCUCCUCCCUAUAUAGCUUUGCAAUGUAGCCCAUGGUGUUAUGAUGCUGAUGCUGCAGUGUAUGGCAAGUUCUCAAUCGAUAAUGAGGUCCUGACCCAUCCACGUUUGGUCAUCCUCGCGAUGCCAGCUCCUUAGUUUAACCUUGACCCUUCACCUGAAGCAAGUGAAGAAUGGCCCUAGAGAAUAGCGGGCCAGCUAGUGCCCAUUUCAGCCAGUCUGGCAUUGGCGGUGAGCUUGGCCAGCAACGAGGUU